CUUCGACCCACCCAACCACUUGACAUCGCAUACCAUGCAGUUCGAAUUCAACCUGAAGGCAAUCCUCGUCGCGCUCGUCGUUGCUGCCGUCGUCGUCGCAACUCCUACUCCCGAGCCCAUAGGGGGUUGCACGUGCAAGACUAUCGGCGGCACGGUCGAAUGCUUCGGCACCGGCUGCCUUUGAGCUUGUAGAAAGUAUUUGUUGCUGAACGGUGUAGUCGGACUUGGGCCCAGGGUGCUCCCUGGCGCAACAAAUCAGAUGUGAUAUAUGCGGGAAAAUGCCGUUGGUGUAAUAAAUGUGUCCUACACGAUUGAUUAUUGAGGAAAAGAAAUCCA